GAUUUCAUGAACCACCUUCUAAACUAGUAUCAGAUUGAGUUCUGUAUUGCUACCCCCCACCCUUCUCUUUCGUUGGAAGCUUUUUCUUUUGCUCUUCUCUUCUCCCUCGCUGGUUCCUGUGCGUGACGGAGGAAGAAGGCUUGCUUCCCUCUCGCCGGUAGAAAACUAAGUCGGUUCUGGGUAAAAACUGGAGGUUGGGCCCCGUUUGGUUCUGCUCUCUGCUCUGAAAUGGAGAGAGAUUUCAUGGGUUUAAGCUCAAAAGAACCUUUAGCUAUGGUGAAGGAGGAGAUUACAAAUGAUGGAUGCAAAGAUUCAGGCUUUAAUAAGAGUUCGGUUGCACAAUGGCCCUUCUCGAACAAAGUCUCUGCUCUCCCACAUUUGAUGUCUUUUAAGGUUUCUCAAGAUGACAAGACCAAGAAGAUGGGGUCUGAUCCCCUCACAUAUGCUGGAUUUAUGGCUAUCUCAAAUCCGGAUGCAUUUGAUGCUGCUCAAAAGCGCUCUGCUGCUGAAAUCCAGAAACCUUUCAAUCACGAUGGGCAAGGUGGUAUUCACUUUUCCCUGACUCCGUAUCCUGUACCAAAUGAUGUGCAUUUGCUGAAUCGUUCUCAAGAUGUGAAGAUGUUUUCAGCUCCCAAUCAAGCAAUUUCUGUUUCCAUGGGAUACUCUUUCUUGAAGAACCAUUUCACCACAGUGGGUCAGCAUAUGGUUGGUAAUGAUGUAAAGCAACAGCUGCUAGGGGGUAUGCCUGUUACUUUGCCUCAUUUAGUCCCCACUGAAAUCGGUUCUGUUGCAGCUAUGACUGAAUCAUGUUUGAAGCCAUCUGCUCCACCCAGUCAACUCACCAUUUUCUAUGCUGGUACUGUGAAUGUUUUUGAUGAUAUCUCCCCUGAGAAGGCACAAGCUAUCAUGUUGUUGGCUGCGAAUGGGUUACCUGUGACUUCAAACAAGGCACAGCUGAACGUUCAGGCACCAAACUCGAAGCUGACUUCAGGCGAAGGUGUUCCUGUGAGUCAUCCUAUAAAUACAUCACCUUGCCCUGGUCUUUCCAGUCCUCUAUCUGUGUCUUCACAUACAGGCACACAGUCAAGGAGUGGCUCAAGUAGCACUGAUGAGCUUCUGGCAGUUAAAACAACUGGAGUUCCCACCACUCUUGUUAGCAAAGUGGAGCCUCCAAAAGUAGUUAAUGCAACUGCUAUGUUGCCUUCUGCUGUGCCACAGGCUCGUAAAGCAUCAUUGGCACGGUUUUUGGAGAAGCGCAAAGAAAGGGUGAUGAAUGCAGCAGCACCAUAUAACCUAAGCAAGAAAUCCGAGGAUGUUGCUAAUUUCUCUGCAACUACCUCUGCUGGUUCUAAUAUUCUAUCAGCCAAGCAAGCAUAGUGACCUCCUACCUUAAGUAAUGGUACUUAUUUUGGAGAGAACAAUUUGUUGUAAUUUAAAAAUUGCUGCAAAAAGGAGGUGCUUUUGUGUUCUUCCUUUGAUCAAAAUUUAUAGUUCUGACAUUCUUAAGUAUCAAACUGUGCUAAAAUUACAGUAUCAGUCAAGAACUAGUCGGGAUAUAAGCUUCCGACUGUACAACAUACGACAUAUUGUUCGCUGUGUAACUAUUUCACAAAUUAUUGUCUUAAUGGAAUUAAAUCCCGGUUUAGGCCUUUUUUUUUAA